AUUUCCUCUUUUGGUUUUCUCUCGCAAUCAAUCCAAAACCCUAGAUGCCCGAUUUAGGGCAAAAGGAUGCUGGCUAAACCCCUAAUUCCCCAGUUGCCAGAUCGAGAAGAAGGAACAAUGGAUUCCAAUUCGGGAUCUUUGAUGAAUGAGGGACAAAUUGCCUUGCGUUUAUGGGAUAUGGAUCCUAAUACUUCAAUAGUUCGUGGAAUCAUACGAGGAAAGAUUAUGCAACUUUUAAGCGAGCAACCAGCAUUAAUUGAAUGGAACCAUGAAAAGAUUGAAAGGCUUGCCAGAUACAUGGAUGACAUACUCCUUAGAAGAGCACCAUCACAGGUGCACUAUAUGAACAUAGAGACACUGGGGAGCAGAUUGAAGGAUCUGCUCAAUUACCACAAGAACGUUACUAUCACCAAAAAAUUGGCUAAUGAUGUAUCCUUUUCAUCAAAUGGCGCUACAGAACAAAGUUGUGAAAUUCCACAUGAUAUGGAACUGCUCUCUUCAGAUACUUCUUACCAGAAUUCAAGUUCCAGCAGUGAUUGUGCUACUGCAUCAUCGGCCAGUGUUAGGACUUCCAUAGACAACAACUCAGCUUCGAGUUCAUUGCUUGGUGUCCCAACCGCUUCUCGUCGCUAUCUCCCUAACAGCCACCACCGUGUAGUGGCAAAGACAUCUAUUUCUACUGAUGGAAAUGCUAUGCACGGUUCAGAAACUAGUCUCGAAGCUUUGUCUGAUGUAUCAGAAAAUUGUCAUGAUGAUGGGUUCUCAACAAUGUUUCCAUCCAGCAAGCAAGUUGAUUUUUCGAAUGGCCAUUUCUUGAAUGAUGUUGGUGACAACAGUCAGUCUUCCAUAUCUCAGACGCCUUCUGGACUAUCUCAUGAUGGUACACCAUCAUUUGCCAGCAACACUGAUCAGACAAUUGAUAGAUCAUCUCUAUCUGAAAAAUGUGAUAAUCUUUUUAUGCCUGGUUGUAAUUUUAAUUCAUCAUUUGGUUUGACUAGUUUUGGAAAUAUGCAUCAGUCAGACAAUCAUUCUUAUUUGAGAUUGACAUCAGUAAAUGCUCCAUCAAUAUGUUCAAAAAAUGAACAAUUUCCGCAGUGUAUGAGGCAGAAGCAGCUUCAUGCAUCUUCCCAGCAGCCUGAUCUGCAGUAUAAUCAACCAGAUCACCUUCAGCACCGGCAAAAGGGGAUAUCCUAUCAGCGGCAACAGUUUACGAGUAAUAGAAGCAUUUUAAAUGGGUUCAGUAGAGCUAAGGGUUGUGUUGUCCAAAACCAGUCAUAUAAUCAGUCUGGCGAACAGUAUUUACAGCAACAUCCUUUAUCAUUGGGAAGUAGAAAUUCAGGGGAAAACUUGUCCCAAAAAGUUUCAAAUGACUAUGAUGAAGUCCCAAAAAAGUCCCUGACAGUGCAUUGUAUUCCUCAGCAAUUUUCUCCAUCCGCAGAAGAAUCCAAACCCGAUCUGAGCUUUUGUUCUCUGAGUGGCACAGCUGCUGCUGGAUUGGGAAUGCCAAGGCGGAAGUUGAAAUAUGAUAUGCUCCGUUCCAUCCGUCUGCUUUAUCACCAUGCACUGCAUUGUGCAGAUCGUGAAAGGAGAUGUGAGCAUUGUUAUUGCAUGAACAUGAAGCUGCUUCUUGACCACAUCUCCAAUUGUAAUGACAAUUGUAGCCAAAAAGACUGUUUCAAGUACAAAAAACUAUUAACUCACUUCCAAGAAUGCUGUUCAAGUACUUGUGGUAUUUGCCUCCCUGAUAAAAUGAGUCUGGAAAAUGGUCUGCAUGGAACACUUAUUUUUGAUACAGCUGAAUCUAUGGCUUCUUCUCUCACUGUCAAUACCAUGGAGCAUGAAAAACCUCCUCCUAAGCGCACUAAAACCGAGGAACAUUUUCUUGUUCAUAAGAGUCUGAAUGAAACUUCUAGUGUAUCACUACCUGUUGAAACGUGUACCAUAGAAUGCCAAGAACUGAGCCGGUCAGUAAAUAAUGCACCUGAAAGCAUGGAACUAGAUACAGGGCUAUCUUCAAGCUCGUCGCAGGAAAGUCAUCCAGAAUGCUGUAUAGUUAAAAUUGGGGAUCCAAUUGAAUCAAAGCUUGAUCUUGUUUCCUCCACAAAUUCAGAAGUGACUGAUGCUCAACCUGACAAAGAAAAUGUGCAGGUUUCAGUGGAAGCAGAUAAGGUCAAAGUGAAACAGGAGGGUGCAUGCAUGAAUACUAGCUCAUUACAGGAAAGUCAUCAAGAAUGUUGUAUGGUCAAAAUUGAGAAUCCAUUUUCAGAUGUAAAAAUACAUCUCGUUCCCUCAACCACUUUAGAAGUGACAGAUGUUCAACCUGAGAGUAAACAUAUGCAGGUUUCAGCAAAAGCAGAUAAGGUCAAACUGGAGGAUAGAUUUAUGAAUACUGCGACAUCUCACCUCUGUAUGAUGGAGAGAAAGCCACGAAAGCUAAAGAUGGGCGUUUCUUUGAUUGAUUCAUUCACUACAGAGAACGUUAGGGAGCAUAUCAAUAGUCUCAGGCAGUCAGUAGGUCAGAGUGAAAAAAAGACAGAAGAAAACCAAGGGCUGGGACUUGCAGCAGAUAUGAAUACCUGCAGUUUGUGUGGGAUGAAAGAUCUUCGUUUUGAACCACCUUCUCGAUAUUGUGCACAAUGUUAUAAAAAGAUCAACCACAAGGGAGUUUGUUAUUCCAUUAAAAGUGUUGUAGAUGAAAGUGAUCUGCAGGUCCUUUUCUGCCGUGAGUGCUUUCAGGAACCCGGUGAAAAUCUUAAGUUUGGUAGUACAUCAUAUUUGAAAGCAAAUCUAGUGAGGACAAAGAACUAUGUUGAAGCUGAUGAUGUAGAUGAAUCAUGGGUCCAUUGUGAUAAAUGCGAGGGCUGGCAGCACCAAAUAUGUACUCUUUUUAAUUCAGUAAGGAAUGAGGCAGUGCAAGCUGAUCAUACUUGCCCUAGUUGCAUCUUAAAAGAGAUAGAGAGUGGGGAACAUAAGCCAUUAUAUCGGAGUACGAUUCUUGGGGCAAAAGACUUGCCAUCAACUUUGCUGAGUGAUCACAUAGAGAAAUGGGUUUAUAAACGUCUGGAAGAAGAGAGACAGCAAAGAGCAAGUUCUUUGGGGAAGAGUUUUUCUGAGGUUCCAGGAGCUGAAGGCCUUGUUGUAAGAGUUGUAUCAUCAGUUGUCAAGAAACUGGAAGUAAAACAAGUUUUUCGAGAUAUUUUUCAGGAAGAGAUAUACCCUACAGAAUUUCCUUACAAAUCGAAGGCCAUACUCUUGUUUCAAAACAUUGAUGGUGCAGAUGUUUGCCUCUUUGGGAUGUAUGUACAAGAAUAUGGUUCAGGAUGUGCAGACCCAAACAGAAGACGUGUUUGUAUUUCAUAUCUUGAUUCUGUCAAAUAUUUCAGACCUAAGGUAGCAGCUGUGACUGGAGAAGCUCUCCGCACCUUUGUUUAUCAUGAGAUUUUGAUAGGAUACCUUGAUUAUUGUAAGAAGCGAGGUUUCACCAGUUGCCAUGUAUGGGCGUGCCCACCUCUGAAGCGAGAUGAUGAUUAUAUUCUAUAUUGCCACCCUAAGAUACAGAAGAUGCCAAAGCCAGAGAAGCUACGUGAAUGGUACCAGUCAGUAGUUCGGAAAGCUGCUAAAGAAGGCAUUGUUGCUGAGCACACUAACUUAUACGAUGAAUUUUUUGUAAAAACUGGCGAAUGCAAGGCUAAGAUAACUGCAGCGCGUUUGCCAUAUUUUGAUAGUGAUUACUGGCCAGGAGCAGCAGAAUUUUUCCUACAAAGUGAGAAUAGUAGUAAGCCUCAGAAGAAAGGAAGAAAGGCUGUAACUGAUAGAGUUCUAAGGGCUUUUAGACGGGAUUCUUUAAUAGAAAAUCCGAAAGAUAUUCUGCUCAUGUACCAGCUUGGAAAUGAAAUCCGCAAAAUGAGGGAUGAUUUUAUCAUUGCACAUCUGUGGCAUGUCUGCAAGCAUUGCUGUCAGCCUAUUUUGUCUCAGAAGCAAUGGGUUUGCUGUGUUUGCAAGAACUUUCAGCUUUGUGAGAAGUGCUUUCUGUCAGAACAGAGUCUGGAAAAGAGAGAAAGACACCCUAGUGGCACAUGCGAAGUCCAUUUAUUUCACGACCAGGUUCAGGUGGACAACAUUCCAGCUGAUACCAUUGAUGAUGAUGAUGAAACUAUACAGAGUGAAAUAUUUGACACUAGAUUGAUGUUCUUGAGUCAUUGCCAGUACAAACAUUACCAAUUUGAUACACUUCGAAGGGCAAAACAUUCAACAAUGAUGAUCCUUUAUCAUCUGCAUAAUCCAUUUUCUCCUUUGGUAUCUACUUGCAUUGGUUGUCACAAUGAUGUAGACACAGCUGAGGGCUGGCAUUGCUUGAGCUGCACUGGCUAUGAUUUAUGUGAUUCUUGCUAUCAAAAAGGCACUUUUCCACAUGAGCAUGAGUUGGUUCAAGGUGCCAAGAUGGGUGAUCGUAAUUCACAGAGGAGCAAUCAAAGCAAGCAAGUAAAAUCUUUGCAGGAUUUAUGUGGUGCUCCUUUGUUACAUGCCUCCAAGUGUGGUGACUCUCGCUGCACUUCUCCAUAUUGCCUCAAGCUCAAAGGUCUCUUCCAUCACAGUACAAAAUGUAAAACUCGUGCCAAUGGAGGUUGUAAAUUUUGUAUGAAGAUUUGGUACAUUCUCCACACCCAUGCUCGAUUUUGCAGGGAACAGGAAUGUCAUGUGCCUCGAUGCAAGGAUUUGAAGGAACACUUCAGGAAGAAGCAAUUGAUAGUAGAUUCUCAGCAACAAAUGGAGGAUUCUCGGCGGAGAGCUGGAGCAAAGCAGAGAAUGAGGGAGAGAAUAAUGAGGCAGAAGAAUUCUGAGGCAAUUGAACCUACUGACUAACUAUGAUUUUCCCUGAUGUUUUGCUCUAGGAUUGUAUUUAACUAGUCGUGUAAAUAAUUUGGACAAGUGUAAGACAUCAUUAAUUUUCGUGUGGAGUCUGAAAAGAUAAAGAGCAAGAGGAUGAGAAAGGUAAGAGCCUCAGGGGAAAUAAAUUGGCUCAGGGCAAUUGUAUAGGGGUGUUCCUUUAACUAAAUUUCAUUUAUAGCUGUAAAUUCUUUGUUGGGGACUAAUAAAUGGGAGACAGAUUGGUAUUAUCUAUUGGCAAUAAAAGUUUUGUAUGUACA